GAACUUUGGCAGCUUCGACGAUCUCGCUUUUUAACCCACCAAACCCGACCGUGAGUUGACGUGCGGGAUCCGCCCAAUGCAGACGCCAUUACGGUAAACUAGGUGACCACUGGACAUUGCGCCGGAGUUGUUUCCACACCCCUGCACCUUAGGUCAAAAAUGGAACCCGCGAAGUCCGAACUGCCGUCCUAUGAACAGAUCGAUCACGGCGUGCCGGGGGCCUAUCCUCAUCAUUCGCCACCAACGGUGGUCGUCACAGAUCCGAUCAAGUCACAGGAACCGCCCUUGUUGCAGUCGACGGUGAUUGUGACGAGCCCACAGGUGGGUCCGGAUCCGACGACCAUCAUCUGCCCGUCGUGCCGGGCCACGGUUGUUACGCGGUUGGAGUACGAGACCACCACGAAGACGCAUCUGUGUGCGGGGCUGCUGUGCCUGUUCCUGUGCUGGCCCUGCGCCUUCAUUCCGUACUGCUCGACGGCGUGCCGAGAUGCGAACCAUUACUGCCCGAACUGUGGCUCCUUCAUCGGCUCCUACCGGAAGUAA